AUGGCUGGUAAAUUUGUGUUAGCGGCAAUCAGUUUAGUGGGCUCAGAAGCCGGACCCCUCCCCCCCCUUCACGAUUUCACUGAGUGCAAUCUACCUUUCCUCGAGGUCAAGGAUUCUUUUCAAUGUGCCGUGCACUAUCAAAACCUUCAAUCCAAGGCUCAACACAAGGCAUCGCACAAUCAAACUAUCGAGAUGACCUGUAUCGAACAGCUUACCAAAUUAGUGGACUCGGUUUACGGUUGUAUUGAAGCGCUUGCAGUCAUCCGAGCCCACCACCAUCACCAAACACAAAUUCAGAAAUUUCGUAACUCACAGAGCGACAUUGAUGCAAGCUUCCAUAAAGUGGCUUCAACGGUGGCACUCAGAUCCCAAGCCUUAACACCCCUUGUUGCUUUCCUUUCACUUGGUUUCAAGGGGCUCCUCACUUACCGCCGCGACACCAGGAGAUCAAAUAAAACCGAACUCAUUCAACUUUGCCUUGUCACCGGUCGAAUGUGCAAUGUUGAAUUUUCUGACGAGCCCGUUUGGAAACGCGCAAGUGAUUACGUUUUGAAAUGCAUAUCAAAGGCUCUCUUCCCCAAAGGCAAUGGAGAAGGAGUCCCUUCGGAGUGGGAACAUGUGACUUGCAGGAAAUAUGAUCUUGCCCUGGCUAUGUACCUAGAUGUAUCCGAGCGCUGUCGCGAUUCGCCUGUGUCUGACCCAAAAUUCCCGCUCUACAAACUGCCCGUGUAUGACGAUUUGACGCCCGAGGAGUCAGAAACUUGUUAUUAG